GAGCAAAGUCCCCCAAGAUAUAGCUCCCCACAGCCACAGACGCGCGAAGCCAUAUCCCGGGACUCACGAGUACGUGCGUGAGCGAGUGAGCGUCUAGGCGGCUAUGGCACAGUCGAUGCUCAUGUCCGGCGUCAACGGCGUGGCCUCCGGCAGGAGCCUGCUGCAGGCGGCCCGGCCGUCGACGGCGUCCACGCCCUUCUCGCGGCUCGCGCUCUCCUCCUCGUCGGCGGCGUACUACAAGCACAUGCCGUCCCUCUCCGUCCGGACCAUGGCUCUGUUCGGCAAGUCCAAGACCAAGGCCGCGCCGGCCAAGAAGGUCGCUGCGCCCAAGCCCAAGACGGAGGACGGCAUCUUCGGCACGUCCGGCGGGAUCGGUUUCACCAAGGAGAACGAGCUCUUCGUCGGCCGUGUUGCCAUGAUUGGCUUCGCCGCAUCGAUCUUGGGAGAGGCCAUCACCGGCAAGGGCAUCCUGUCCCAGCUGAACCUUGAGACCGGCAUCCCGAUCUACGAGGCGGAGCCCCUCCUCCUCUUCUUCAUCCUCUUCACCCUCCUCGGCGCCAUCGGCGCUCUCGGAGACCGUGGCAGGUUCGUCGACGAGCAGCCCACCACUGGCCUCGACAAGGCCGUCAUCGCCCCCGGCAAAGGCUUCCGCUCCGCCCUCGGCCUCAGCGAGGGAGGGCCGCUGUUCGGGUUCACCAAGUCGAACGAGCUGUUCGUGGGGCGGCUGGCGCAGCUGGGGAUCGCCUUCUCCAUCAUCGGGGAGAUCAUCACGGGCAAGGGCGCGCUCGCGCAGCUCAACAUCGAGACCGGGGUGCCCAUCAGCGAGAUCGAGCCGCUCGUGCUCUUCAACGUCGUCUUCUUCUUCAUCGCCGCCAUCAACCCCGGCACCGGCAAGUUCAUCAGCGGCGAGGAGGACGACUAGAUCGGCACCGGCACGAGCGAAUGCUUUUUGGCCACUAAUUGUACGUCCGUUCGUGCUUUGCUUGUUUGUUGUGUACGUGAGACCUUGGGGUGUACUUAGGUGUAAGAAGAAGUUGGUCGUUGCCUUAUGAAAAACAAGAGCUAGCAGCUAAUUUGCCAUGCAUGCCGACGGUUGCAGAUC